AUGACGCCCUCCAAACACAGCAAACGUUCCCAGGGACAGGAGAGCGGCCACGGCAACUUCUGCUUCAAGAGAAGCCUCCACGAUCUAACACCUUUUCUCCUGAACAAGCACACUUUGUUCCUUCUCUGCAUUGACCUUGGAACAUCAUUUCUCAUGGCAGCUUAUCAGACCACUGUGUGGAAGUUGAUUUCUGGGACCUUGGGAAUAAUAUGCCUUUCGUUGAUGGCUACCUUGGGAAUUUUGUUGAAAAAUUGUUCUGACUGUUGUUCUUGCCAAGAAAAGUGGAUUGGGUACCAAUGCAACUGUUACUUCAUUUCUAGUGAAAUAAAAACUUGGGAAGAAAGUAAGCAUUUCUGUGCUUCUCAGAAUUCCAGUCUACUUCAGCUUCAAAAAAGAAAUGAACUGUUUUUCAUGAACUCCAGUCAAAACUUUUAUUGGAUUGGACUCUCUUAUAGUAAAGAAUACAAAGCUUGGUUGUGGGAAGAUGGCUCAGCUCCCUGCCCGGAUCUAUUUUUAUCACCUCAAACUUUAAAUCCAGAAAACUGCAUACAGUAUAGUCCAAGCGGUAAUGUUUGGGAUGAACCCUGUGGAAGCAAAAGUUAUUACAUUUGUAAGCAAAAGUCAUUACAACUGUAA